AUUUCCCCCCGCAUUUUCCGUUUUCGUAGAACCCUUCUCUCUCAAUCUUGCAGUCACAAAAAAAAAAAUCCAAACUUUGGUUUCUUGAAUCGUAAAAAAAUCAAGAAUCACAAUCUUUUUGGGGUUUAGAAGAAACCCUUUUGGUUUCUGCCUUCAAAAAGCAGUGAUUUUGUGAAUCUCUCCUGAAGAUUCCUUGGUUUGAUGCCUUAGGGAUCAAUCAGGACAUAUAAAGAUUUGGUUUUCUCUUUUUACCUAAGACCAUGUGUUGAAAUCGGUUACAAAGUUAGUAGAUUGUGGAACAAGGCAGGUUUUUAUUAUGGGCUGCAUUUGCUCAAAAGGAGCAGCAGAAGAUGAAGAAGAUGUUGCUUAUCAACGUGAGAAAGCAAAUGAGUAUUGGAAUAAAUCUUCUAAUGUUCAAUUGAUUGCUCCUCUGCCUUCGAAUAAAGACGAUUUUUCGCAUAGAGCUGUUGAUGGAAGCUCUAACGUUGGAAGAAGAGCGAGUGGUUUGAUUGUUCCUAUAGAUGAUAGUCAUGAUGGUAAGACUGUUAUUGUAGAGAGACCUUCGAGGUCUUCUCAACGAGGAAGGAGAGUUUCAGAUAAUGGCAAAGGAGGUGGUUUGGUUAUUUCGAAUGUCCCGCGUAGCGCUGAGGCAGAGCUUAUUGCAGCUGGUUGGCCUUAUUGGUUAACCUCUGUUGCAGGUGAAGCCAUUAAAGGUUGGGUACCGAGACGUGCUGAUUCCUUUGAGAAGCUUGACAAAAUUGGACAAGGGACUUACAGUGUUGUGUAUAGGGCAAGGGAUCUUGAGACAGGGAAACUAGUGGCGAUGAAGAAGGUGAGGUUUGCAAAUAUGGAUCCAGAAAGUGUGAGGUUCAUGGCUAGAGAAAUCAACAUUUUAAGGAAACUAGACCAUCCAAAUGUUAUGAAGCUUCAGUGUCUUGUCACUUCAAAGCUAUCAGGUAGCUUGCAACUUGUGUUUGAGUACAUGGAGCAUGAUCUUUCAGGUCUUGCUCUUAGGCCUGGUGUCAAAUUCACUGAGCCAGAGAUCAAGUGUUAUAUGAAGCAACUGCUUUGUGGACUUGAGCAUUGUCACAGCCGUGGAAUCCUUCACCGUGACAUCAAGGGUUCAAAUCUUUUGAUAAAUAAUGAUGGAGUUCUCAAGAUUGGAGAUUUCGGUCUUGCAAGUUUUUAUCAUCCAGAUCAAGAUCAACCGCUGACUAGCCGUGUGGUCACCUUGUGGUAUAGAGCCCCCGAGCUUCUAUUAGGAUCUACAGCGUAUGGACCUGCCAUUGAUCUUUGGAGCGUUGGUUGCAUUCUAGCAGAACUCUUUGUAGGUAAACCAAUCAUGCCGGGAAGAACAGAGGUGGAGCAAAUGCACAAGAUCUUUAAGCUGUGCGGUUCGCCAUCUGAAGAGUUCUGGGAAACAACAAAGUUCCCACAGGCGACAAGUUACAGACCACAACAUCCUUAUAAGCGUGUCCUUCUAGAAACAUUCAAGAAUUUACCAUCUUCGUCUCUUGCUCUCCUUGACAAGCUUCUAUCUGUAGAACCAGAGAAAAGAUGUUCAGCUUCUUCGACUCUACUGAGUGAGUUUUUUACAACGGAGCCCCUCCCUUGUCACAUAUCAAGUUUGCCGAAGUAUCCGCCAAGCAAGGAACUUGAUGCAAAGGUCCGGGAUGAAGAAUCAAAAAGGAAAAAAGCGGAAGCUGUGAAGUGGCGUGGACACGAAUCUGUGAGACGAGGUUCAAGAGACUCCAAAAUAACACCAGAUUUCAUUGCUUCAGGGCAUUCAAAUGUCUCCAUCAACACCCCAGCUUUCAAGAAAGAAAAACCAUUUUCGGAUACCAAUUCAUUGAUCCAUCCAAGCUCUAGGAGCAAUGUUGGUGAGGUGAAAGCUAGCAGCAGGUCCAACAAUGUUCCUGUUACAGUGGGAGAUUACUUAGCUAGCUCUUCGCAAAAGGAGAAUGUUGCUUUAAGAGAACCAACAACGACAUACAUGCGAAAGAAGAAAAGAAUGCACUAUUCAGGUCCUUUGAUGCCUCCUGGUGGUAACAUUGAAGACAUGAUGAAAGACCACGAGAGACGGAUCCAAGAAGCUGUACGCAAGUCCCGCCUUGAGAAAACUGCAACAAAGAAGAACAAAGAUUUCUCGGUGAAAGCAUGUGCUUAGUGAAGCAUGAAACAAGGAGAAAAAAUCAUAACCUGAAACUAGACGAUUCAGAGAUAGAUCUAUUAGUCUUUUGCACAUAGCAACCUCUGUUUCAUGCUCUGCUCUUUUCUUUUCGUUAGGGGUGAUCAAACAAAUGUGUAUAUCUAGAACAACUGCUUCAAUUUAUUAGAUUUAGGUUCUUUAGUUAUUAACUGCAGAAUACAUAAUAGGAGUUUUCAGAAA